AUGUCUCUCUUCCCUCGCGUCGGUGAAUUUGCUCCCAUCUUCCGUCUUCUCGACGACUACGAUGUGCACCGCUCCGGCCGCGGUGGCAGCCACGCCAUCUCCAACUUCUCUCCUCGCUUCGAUGUGCGCGAGACCAAGGAUGCAUACCUCCUUGAUGGAGAACUCCCCGGCAUCAACCAGAAGGAUGUCGACAUUGAGUUCUCCGAUCCUCAAACCCUAGUCAUCAAAGGCCGUGUCGCUCGCGAAUACCAUUCCGACAACACCGACAACACCGACUCUCGCGCCAGCAGCCCCAAGCCUGCGACAGUCGAAGACGCUCCAGAGGAAGGACAAGCUGCGGUAGAAAAGGCUGACUCCAAGACCGAAGUCUCCAAGUCGACUGGCCCUCAGCACAAGUUCUGGGUGAGCGAGCGCUCCGUCGGCGAGUUCCACCGCUCCUUCAACUUCCCUACCAGAGUUGACCAGGACGCGGUCAAGGCCAGCCUCAAGAAUGGUGUCCUCUCGGUCGCAGUUCCCAAGGCUUCUCGCCAGACUGCUCGCAAGAUUACCAUUGAGUAA